AUGGGUGACAGUCACGUCGUGACGCGACGUCAGUCGACUUGCUCAAUCCCUACCACGAACGACCGUGCCGGGGUUUUAAACGACUCGGAUAUGCAGAAUACACCAUUUCGUGAUCCCUGGGCAAAACGGGAAGCCUGGCGCAAACAUCCCGUCUUCUCCAACCGCGCCAUGUUCAGUAACUUAUUUCCUGGCCUCGGAAUUGCCAUAGUCGCGUUUUCCGCCUACGUUCUGGUUGAUAACAUCUACCUGAGCUCCCGGAAGCCAUCCGCCGUCUCGGACCAUUAG